AUGCCAUUUGUACAAGAAAUUUGUACCUCAGUUGACGCUAGAGCUUUUACACCCAGAGAAGGUCGGGCCGGAUUGAAUCUUGACGACCCAGAUGCCGAACCCUUCGAGCCGCAAAGACUCGACCUGCACGAGCUCUUUUCUGCUUACCCAAACAUUGAAAGCCUGUCGGUAUCUAUCAAUCGACUGCGAUUGGGGUGUAUAGUGGGCUUGGCUCCUUCUACACGGGUAUCUGGGCUACCCCCAGAGACCACGUUCCCGCCGCUGCGAAGCCUUCCAAUGAGCGGCUACAAUAUAGCCCAGGAUGAAGAAGACCAGCCCCUUUGGGCUGAAAAGUUCCCCUGGCAUAAGUUACGAUCACUCACUCUCGGUCGCCAAUUAAACCCGGGAUUUUUGAAAGCGGCUACUGGCAAAGUAGACCAUUUGAAACAGUUCGAGAUCACUGGCUACGAGGAGCUCAGCUCCCUUGACGCGUUCUUGUCGUCCUUCAAUACUCUGGAAAGUCUCACUGUUAAAGAACCGGUUCCGUCCGUGAUUGCUAUGGCUCAUCAUUCCGACUGGGGAGCACCUUUGUCUUCACGCAAUUGA